GGGGGGGGGGGGGAUCGGGGUGCCCGGGGCGCUGGAGGGGCAGCGUGGGGGUCCCCAGGGUGCUGAGGUCUGGAGUGCCUGAUGCCUGUCCCCACCUGACGACAGCGCCAUGGCCGGGGCACAGGGCUGCGGCGAGGGCAAGAUCGCGGGGCUGUACGACCUGGAGCGCACGCUGGGCAAGGGCCACUUCGCGGUGGUGAAACUGGCCCGGCACGUCUUCACCGGGCAGCGCGUGGCUGUCAAGGUGAUCGACAAGAGCAAGCUGGCGGGGGAGGCGGCGGGGCAGCUCCUGCAGGAGGUGCGCUGCAUGAAGCUGGUGCAGCACCCCAACGUGGUGCGCCUCUACGAGGUCAUCGACACCCACGCCAAGCUCUACCUCAUCCUGGAGCUGGGCGACGGUGGGGACAUGUUUGACCACAUCAUGCGGCACGAGGGCGGCCUGGCCGAGCCGCGGGCCAAACACUACUUUGCCCAGAUCGUCCACGCCAUCUCCUAUUGCCACAAGCUCCACGUGGUGCACCGCGACCUCAAGCCCGAGAACGUGGUCUUCUUCCAGGAGCAAGGGGUGGUCAAACUCACCGACUUUGGCUUCAGCAACCGCUUCCAGCCCGGCAAGAUGCUCACCACCAGCUGUGGCUCCCUGGCCUACUCGGCACCAGAGAUCCUGCUUGGGGAUGAGUACGAUGCCCCAGCUGUUGACAUCUGGAGCCUGGGAGUCAUCCUCUACAUGCUGGUGUGUGGCCACCCCCCCUUCCAGGAGGCCAACGACAGCGAGACCCUGACCAUGAUCAUGGAUUGCCGCUACACCGUCCCGCCGCACGUCUCGGCACAGUGCGCUGACCUCAUCUCCAGGAUGCUGCAGCGGGACCCGAAGCAGCGAGCGUCCCUGGAGCAGAUCGAGGGCCACGCGUGGCUGCAGGGGGUGGACCCGUCCCCUGCCAGCCGCUCCCUGCUGCCCCUCACCUCCCACAAGCGCGUGUCUGAGGAGGAGCACGAGAUCAUCCUGCAGGCCAUGAUGUGCGGGAACAUCGCGGAUCGGGACACCAUCCAGGAGGCGCUGGAAGCCGACCGCUACAACCACAUCACGGCCACGUAUUUCCUGCUGGCAGAGAGGAUGCUGCGGGAGAAGCAGGAGAAGCAGGGCCACCGCCUCAGUCUCGUCUACAACCUGGCCAAGGAGGUUCAGAGCAGGCCGAACCUGUCGGACACGUUUGGCUCUGCGGGCAGCGCCGGCAGCCUGCUGCCCUUCCCGGAGACGGCCGGCCUGGCCGGGGGCUCCCGGCUGCCCCCUGGGGGGGACAUGGGCGGCCGGCAGCCCACCGGGACCCUGCUGAAGGUCCCUGCCGUUGACACCACCAUCACCAAGAGCACCCCGGCCCUGCAGCAGAUCUGUGAGGAGGAAGAGGAGGACGAGGAGGACGAGGAGAGGCCCAGCGCGAUGGAGAGGAAGAGCAGCUCUCUGAACCAGGAGCAGAUGCGAGCCUUCCUGCGCGCCCACCGCCCGGCCGGCCGCGGGGAGAAAUGAAUGACGACGGAGGCGUGGGCCGGAGCUCGGCCUGAGCCGUGGCACAUGCGCGUGGAAGGAUCGGAGCCGCUGGGAAGCAAAGUUUUCAGGACAAUAAACUAAGCUUGUGGGUU